CAAACACUUCCGACAGCUAAGCCAGGAGGUCCAGGAGAGCAUCAGUGCUGGGUCUCCGAAGACCCCGCCUCCCAAAGUUCCCGGCGUGCCUUGCGCCCCCUGGCCGGAAGGCGGAAGUACGGAAGCUUCCGGCGGUGAGGCGCGUGUGGUGCGUGUUUGUGUUUCUCCGGUAAAUCAUGGCUAAAAGCUUACGGAGUAAGUGGAAAAGGAAGAUGCGUGCCGAAAAGAGAAAAAAGAAUGCCCCAAAGGAGCUCAGCAGACUUCAAAGUAUUCUCAAAGUAGACAGUGAUGUUUUAAUGAAAGAUGUUCAAGAGAUUGCAACCGUGGUGGUCCCCAAACAUUGCCAAGAGAAAAUGCAGUGUGUGGUGGAAGAUGAAAAUGAUGACAUGAAAAUGGAAACUGAGAUUAAGAGAAGCACAAAGACUCUUCUAGAUCAGCAUGGACAGUACCCAGUAUGGAUGAACCAGAGGCAGAGAAAAAAGCUGAAGGCAAAGAGACAGAAAGGAAAGGGGAAGAACAGGGCAAAGGCAGCCAAGGGUUUGGCCUGGUAGACUCUUAAAACGUGAGAAGUGCCACAUGGGACAGAAGUUGCAUUGGAAUGUCUGAAUUGAUUUCAGCUCUCACUAUGUGGGAGCUAUUUGUUUUCAUAUUUUAAUUUGGUCUACUUCUCUAGUUUGGAAUCAAAAUAGCUCCUCCAGUUUGUUUCAGGAACUUGAAUAAAAUAACUCCUUUGAUGAAGGAAAACUAUACAGAAAUUUUAAUUGUAUAUGACCAGUAUCCAAGUAUUAUCAAUCUUGUCAAGUAUUGAUGUGGUUAUAAUUGCUUGAUGUAACAACAUGCAGUUAUAUUCAGUGCAUCAGAUAAAACCUGAAAUACUGACAGAAUUCAAAUAGAAAGCCAUUAUAUCAGCAUAUUUAAAAACAAGACAUCAAGUGACUAGAGAGAUGGCUCACAAUUAAGAGUGCAUGCUACUCUUGGAGAGGACCCGGGUUGGUUUUCUAGCACCCAUGUCAUGCUGCUUACAACCAACAGCCUGUAGCUUUGACUCCAGGGGAUCUACGCCCUCUUCUGCCCUCCACAGGCACCUGCACUCAUGUGCACAAACUCAUAGAUAAAUACACACAUAAUUAAAAACUAAAAUCUUUGUAAAAAAGGACAGGGGAUAGAUGGUUAAGAGAACUGGCUGUUCUUUCAGAAGACUUGGGUUCAGUUCCCAGCACCCACAUAAUGCCUAAGAACUGUCCUUAACUCCAGUUCCACAGGCUCUGAUACCCUUUCUGACUUCCACAAGCAUUGUACCACAUGGCACAGUUACAUACAUGUAGGCAGUUCACUCACAUAAAAUAAAAAUAAAGGAUAUCAGUGGAUCUUACAAACAGAACUUACUUGGAGGUUUUAUUUUGUUCAUAAUAAAAGAUAUUUUGUGUGUA